AAGAUGUCGUGAGAACGUUGUAUGCUAUAUCAUUACCAACUAUCUAACUCUUAAGCGCGUUAGGUGACAAGUAUAUCUCAAUAUAUCAUAAAAGAAGAAACUUUGACAAACGUGUUGUGUUAAACAAAACUAUCCGUAAAAUGGCUCGCAGGUACGAUACACGUACCACAAUUUUCUCACCAGAAGGUCGUUUGUAUCAAGUGGAAUAUGCUAUGGAAGCAAUUAGUCAUGCUGGUACAUGUUUAGGUAUACUGGCAAACGAUGGUAUUCUAUUAGCCGCUGAGAGAAGAAACACAAAUAAACUCUUAGAUGAAGUAUUCUUUUCUGAGAAAAUAUAUAAAUUAAACGACGAUGUAGUCUGUUCUGUGGCAGGCAUAACAGCCGAUGCUAAUGUUCUUACAAAUGAGCUGCGUUUAAUAGCUCAAAGAUAUCUUUUGCAAUAUGGCGAACCAAUUCCAUGCGAACAAUUAGUAUCAUGGUUGUGCGAUGUUAAACAAGCUUAUACUCAGUAUGGUGGAAAAAGACCAUUUGGAGUAUCAAUUUUAUAUAUGGGUUGGGACCGUCAUUAUGGCUAUCAAUUAUAUCAGUCAGAUCCAAGUGGAAAUUAUGGUGGUUGGAAAGCAACUUGUAUUGGAAAUAAUUCUGCAGCGGCUGUAUCAUCUUUAAAACAAGAAUAUAAAGAAGGAGAAACUACUCUAAAAGAUGCAAUGUCAUUAGCUAUUAAAGUACUUUCAAAAACAUUAGAUAUGAAUAAGCUUUCAGCAGAUAAAGUGGAAAUGGCAACAUUGACUCGUGAAAAUGAUAAAACAAGAAUUAGAAUUCUUCCAGCCAAUGAAGUUGAUGCUUUAAUAGAAGAACAUGAUCGAUUAGAAGCAUUAGCUGAACAAGCCAAAAAGGAAAAACAAAAAUUAUAGAGAAAUUGGUUGUACAUGGGAUCAGGCUGGUACAUCCUAAAGAGGCAUUAUUCUUUUUUAUCAUGCAGAAUCCCAUAUUGUAUGUUUGUAAAGCUUUUUCUUAAUAAAUUUAUAAGUUUCACAUUC